CACGUCGAAUACACAUCUAUGAUGUGCUAUUUUGAUUUGUUUCUUACCAUUAUUUACAGUGUGUAAUUAACUCACGUUAAAAUUGUUACAUAUUAAGUUAAACGAGAGAAGCUCCAACUAAAUAUAAUGGCGAGACAUAUGAUGAUGACUAAAAUUAUAUUAUUAAUGAUCGUUACUGUACUUCUCGGACUAAUUGCCGAAAACAAGGCCACGAUAGCGCAACCAAAGGCACCGAAUUUCCAAUAUUUUGAACGGCCAAAAUAUCGUUAUCCGUAUUAUGAUGAGAACGGAAAAGGUAAACUUUUAUACGGCUAUGGAGGUUCUGAUUUGUAUGAAUAUCGAACGUACACUAUUCUCGAAGGUAUACAUUAAUUCUAACAGAAUAAUUAUUUUUUAACAGUGCUCCAUGUCAAUGCAUAUAAUGUGUAUAAGUUAAAAUUCGAUAUUUGCGUUAUACUGUUUCUUUCUCAGAAAUUCUUUUCUAAUUAAAGCAUUAUCAUUAAGCAUAUAAUAACAACAAUGAAUAUUUAUACGAAUUGAUUGACUAUCAUGUAAAUAGAGGUAUAUUUGUACACAAUUAAUCUUGCAACAAUGAGAAAGAAAAAUUAUUUAUUUCUGUAAUCUUUAUUGCUUAGCAUCAAAGAAAACAACGUCUAAAUAGAUCGAAUAUUUUUCAUUUUUGAUUAAUCUAUUGUAAUACGAUAAAAACUUUUUUUCCCGUUGUUGCAAGAAUGCUGCAUUGUUCACUAUGGAAUCAAGGAACAUUACCAGAUCAUUUAUUUUCCACCUAUAAUUAUCUAUAUUCUUAAAUAUAAUAAUAAAUGUAUAAAUUUGUAAA